AGAUCCCACAGAAUUCGGACGCGGAGCGGGGACCCGGGAGCUGCAAUGGAGCCAACAAAAGAGAGAAACACACAGAUCUGCGCUGGUGGCCCAAUUUGAACAGGGGCUCCAUGCACCUGCGCCGCCAUGCAAGGUUGGGCCGAAGGCUGACACCUCGGCAGGCGCCGGUGCUAGGCUUUCGCUUCAAGGCGAGCUGCUUGGAGGAUGAAGAAAGGAAGAGGAGCCGGCCCUUCCCCCGCACGACCUACGAGGGCCAGGCGGAGGAAGACGUGUCUUCUUGGCUGCAGAAGAUGAACACCUGCGUGGGCGCCUUCCUGCGGAGCACUUUUGUGAAGGGCCGGCCGGCGGAGGAGCUGGCCAGCAAGUACGACAUUGGGGAAGAGCUAGGCUCCGGCGCCACGGCCACGGUCUUCCGGGCGCGGAACAAGCGCACCGGGCAGUACGUGGCGCUGAAGGCGAUGUGCAAGGAUCGCAUCCAAGACGAGCAGAUGCUGCGCAACGAGAUCAGCAUCCACAAGGCCACGGACCACCCCAACAUCCUGAGACUGCUAGAGAUCUUCGAGGAUGAGAAGAACUUGUUCUUAGUCACGGAGCUCUGCGGCGCGGGGGAUCUGGGCAGGCUGCUGUCCGCCAGCUGCGACGAGUUCAGCUCCUCCAUGGUCUCGGAAGAGGAGGCCUUUGAGAUCCUCAAGCAGAUCCUCAACAGCAUCGUCUACUUGCACGGGCGGGGCAUCGUGCACCGUGAUCUGAAGCCAGGCAACUUCCUGUGCUGCGCGCCGGACACGUCAGAUGACAAGUGCAGCGUGGCCGGGAAGAUCCGGGUCAUCAAGCUAGCGGACUUUGGAGUCUCCUCCUACUGCCAUGUGAAGCGGGGGGUCCUUCCAUGGGAGUGGUCGCGUUCGGCUCCCAGGUCUUGGCUCUCAGCCAUCCGGCAUCGGCUCACCCGAAAGUGCGGCACCGACGGCUUCAUGGCGCCGGAGAUCAUGCGGAACCAGCCCUACGACCACAAGGCCGACAUCUUCUCCGUGGGCUGCAUUUUGCAUUGGCUCUUGACGGGCCAUCCUCCCAAAGCCAAGGAGGAUGGUAGCUAUGUCAUGAGCAAGAUUCGCCUGAACUUCGUUUCUGCGGAGGCCAGGGAUUUGGUGCACUCCCUCACGAGGCCAGAGCCACAAGAGCGGCCUUCGGCGGAGGAGGUGCUGCGGAUGCCCUUGCUCCGAACCUCAGUGGAGCGCCUGCGGGCGCGCUCGGCGCGCAUGGACGCGCAGCUGCUGGAUCAGAUGUACAGCUACGGCAGCUUCCCGCUCUUGAAGAAGGCCGCCAUUGUGGCCAUGGUGACGCGUGCGGAGUCGGACGCGGACUUUGCGCCCAGCAUCCAGCGGUUUAUGUCCCUGGAUCGGAACAUGACCAGCGGCAUCGACGCGGAGGACAUCUAUGGUGCCCUCAGCGACGAGAUGCUGCAGGAUAUGCGGCAGCUGGUGCGGAAUUCCUUGCCCAAGGCCCAGCGCCGCGCGUCCGGCCAGCCCAGCCGCGGGCAGCUCGCCUCCGAGAAGCAGAACAGGCACCUCCUCGUCUCCAUGGUGGAGCGCUUCCGCUCGGACCUGCGGAGCGAGGUGGACCGCCUGGUGCACAAGGUGGACGCCACCGGCAUGGGGCACAUCAGCUACUCCGAGUGGCUGGCAGCCACCGCAGACCCGGUUUGGUACACUCAUCCCGCCCACAUCAGCGCGACCUUCAGACUCUUCGACUUUGAUGGGGAUGGGAUGAUCAGCGAGGAGGACUUAAAGAAGAUCAUCCCCGAUGUCUUCAAGAAGCUCACGGUCACCGCGGUCCUGGAGGAGGCCCAGCUCAGCGCCAAGGCCACCACCUGGAUCUCCGAGGAUUGCUUCUCCUUGCUGCUGCGCACACAGAACGCCAGCGUCUUCACCCUGCAGCGCAUUUGUGAUGGUUGCGAGGAUCCCGUGAUGGGCACGUCAUAGCCGCACUGUGCAAAAUUCAGGGCCCGUCCUCGCGGGUUUUCAUAAACGGGUUCCGGUCGCAUGCGCCACAGGGCAAUAUAGCUGCGAACCGAACCCUUUUUUUAGAACCCAUUGAACGGGACACUCCAUAGGUGUCCGUUUUAGGCAA